AUGGAUCUCAGAAUCAUGGGUUUCGAUUCUCCGCUCUUGAAUACUCUCCAACAUAUGAUGGAUCUUUCUGACGAUACGGAGAAGAUCCCGAACGCACCAUCAAAGGUUUACAUGCGGGAUGCCAAGGCCAUGGCUGCAACACCAGCGGACAUUAAGGAGUACCCCAAGUCUUAUGUGUUCAUCGUCGACAUGCCGGGGCUGAAAUCAGGGGACAUCAAGGUCCAAGUGGAGGACGACAAUAUGCUCUUGAUCAGCGGAGAAAGGAAGCGAGAGGAAGAGAAAGAAGGAGCCAAGUACGUAAGAAUGGAGAGGCGGGUCGGCAAGCUUAUGAGGAAAUUUGCGUUGCCUGAGAAUGCUAACACUGAUGCCAUCUCUGCAAUCUGUCAAGACGGGGUUUUAACUGUUACUGUGGAGAAACUGCCACCCCCUGAGCCUAAGAAACCCAAGACCAUCGAGGUUAAAAUAGCUUGAAGCAGCUUUAGAUUUACGGUUAAUUGUCAAUGGGGGCUUUAAAUAAGUUGGGGGUUAGCCCUGUAAGUAGUUUCUAGCGUUUGCCGUGGUGGUUUCUGAGUGUGUUAAACGUUUGAUAUCAGAGUUCUAUGUCGUGUUGUGUUGAAAUCAUGAAAUGCAGAUUUUACUGUUAGUAUUUUCUUGUAUUUUCCAUCUCUGGUUUUAAUCACAUAUGUUUUUUGCUAACAA